UUUAAUUCAGGUUUGCUUCUUUUUAGAAAAAUAAUCUGUUUUAGCAUACAUAUAUAGUAUCAUUAUUGAUAUAAAUUAGUUUAGUCUACAGUUUGACAAGUUCCCAAAUCUGCUAAGUCCAAAAUACUUUUCGAAUAUUUGGACCCUCUAGGAAUACCCCAUGUAUCUAAAGUUUCAACAAUUCACCAGCAAUGAUCUCUGUAGACCAAAGCAGGAUUUAAUUAUCUCCCUUUUCUCACAUGUUUCUCUCUGAGAUGUUUGCUGGGAGUCUAACACCUUAACUACAUUCUUCCCAGCUCUGCCUCCACCUCCUUAGUUUUCAAAGCCUUUCUGGGAGCCUAGCAGAACAUCUUUCAACUUCCUUACUAAAAACUUAUUUACAUGUACCUAUGAACACAUUUAUUGUUGCACCCCACUUAGUAUGCUAUCAUAAUGUGAUCACAGAAUGUCUUAGUAGGACUGACUUAAAAGUCAAUGCUGUUUUGCUUUGAAAAAAUACUUGCUUAGAUCAUUAUGCUGCUGAAACUGAGGAAAACUCAUGCUCUUUAGGCAAGAGUGAUCAGGCUAGCAAGGCAUCUGGGAAUCAUGGUAUUUUGAUUAUCACUCCAUGCCACCCACCCAGCAUCUCUGGUAGGUCUUAAGCCACAUUCCUUUCCUUGCUCUGAGAAGUUUAGGGUGAGAGCACAUGUAGAGAGGGUUUGUGAAGGGGAGGACCCAAAUGGCAGAUGGAGCUGCCCAGCACCACAGGGGUCAAUUCAUCCAAUUCGCAUAAGGAUGUUGAGUGAAAGCAAGGGGAGGACUGGGGGAAGGGGGCUGGGAUACACAGAUUUUAAGACAAGUCAAAAGGAAGGAACUACAACAGUAGGAGUGAGUGGGUGCGUGAGAGAGAUGACACAGAGUGAGGGAGGCACUGGCCAGAUCUGACUAAAGCUUUGAAAAGAAGGAGGCAACAGAAAGACACAAAUGAGCUGAGAGACCAGGCAACUUUUUUUUGGUCUUCCUUCUACACAAGACCUUUGCCACGAUUUAUCCUGCUGAGUGAUCUGGGUAAUCCAAGAGCAGAAAAGAACUUCUUCAGAGGACAUUCUUCUCUUCUUGCAGCAGAAAUGGAUAGCAGUGAUACUGACAACCACUCAGUCAUCUACGAAUGUGACUAUGAUGACUGGAGUUCUUCCAAGAUCCUCAUUCCUUCAAUCUAUUUGCUUGUUUUCUUUCUUGGCACUACUGGAAAUGGUUUGGUGCUAUGGACCAUUUUCCGGGGAGGACAAGAAAAGCGACGCUCAGCAGAUACAUUCAUUGCAAACCUGGCAAUAGCUGACCUGACCUUUGUGGUCACUUUGCCACUAUGGGCUACCUAUGUGGUCCUGGACUACCAUUGGUCUUUUGGCUCUUUUGCCUGCAAACUCAGCAGCUACCUGGUCUUUGUCAAUAUGUAUGCCAGUGUCUUCUGUCUCACAGGGCUCAGCUUUGACCGCUACUUGGCUAUUGUUCGCCCUAUAGCCAAUGCCAAGCUGAGGUCAAAGGCUAGUGGACUUCUAAUGACCAUUAUGCUCUGGACCAUGGCGGCUCUCUUGGCCUUGCCAGCCAUGAUUUUCCGGAGGACUGGAGUACUCAAUGGGAAUGACAAAGUGACAUGUUUCAUGGAUUAUUCAAGUGUGGCAACCAACAAGACUGAGGCAGCCUGGGAAGCAGGGCUUGGCUUGUCCUCCACCCUGAUGGGAUUUGUGGUCCCCUUUGCCAUCAUGCUGACUUGCUACUUCUUCAUUGCCCGUACGAUUGCAGGCCACUUCCGAAAGGAGCGCAGUGAAGGGCUGAGGAAGCGGAAGCGCCUGCUGACCAUCAUCAUCGUGCUCGUGGCCACUUUUGCCAUCUGCUGGCUCCCCUUCCACUUGGUGAAAACCAUCUACAUGCUGAUGGACUGGGAGGUGAUGCCCUUGUCCUGCAGCUUCCAUGCUUUUCUGAGCAAUCUCCAUCCGUACUGCAGCUGCUUGGCCUAUGUCAACAGCUGCCUCAAUCCUUUCCUCUAUGCCUUCUUUGAUCCCCGCUUCCGACAAGCUUGUGCGGCUGUCCUCUGCUGCACGUCGGGGCAUUUGGCUGGAGCUGCAGGAGACAAGUCAGCCAGCUAUUCGUCUGGUCAUAGCCAGAACCAUCUAGGGAAGAACAUGGAACCCGAGCGGGAGAAACAGUGCCCUGACAGCCAAGAGACUUUGCUUCAUGGGUAAAAAUGGAAUAAUGUCAAGCAGCCAUGAUGGACUUUGCAUAUAAUGAGCCUUUCUCUCUCUCUCUCUCUCUCUCUGGCCUUGAUCAUUCUAUCAUCUGAUUCUCUUUCUUUUCCUAAUGCUGCAUUUUUUAUUUUUUAUCUGGUAAGUCUGUUUUAACUGACACAAUAUUCAUCCCUUCCUUCUGUAUUUUGCUUGGUUAUUCACUGUAACAAUGUCUAUGUUAUAUAAGGGAUUAUCCUAGGAGGGGAAAACGCAUUACAUUCUGUUCUGGAACACAAUACUGCAUGCACAGCUGGUGGUUUGAAACUUACAUGGAUUUCUAGAUGAAUUUGUAGAGGCUUGUGCUGGUUAUUUGUCAACCUGAGCUUUGAAGCCUUUUGAAAACUUCUAGUUGGUUUCUGAAAUGUUCAGGGAAGCAGCAGACUUAUGCACAAAGUCCCAGGAAAUCAGGCAGGUUCAUUUUCAAGGGAAUGCAGGUGGGAGCUUGCUGCACAUCUGGUCUGUCUAUAGUCAUUCUCUGGUGUUUCAAGCCAGCUCUGAUCCAGAGUUCCUGUUUAAGAAAGGCUUCUGUUCUCCACCCCAGGCUUCUUUCAUCUUCUUAUCAGUCACUUUGAAGCAUAGUUCCUUGGCCGCUUCUGAUUCCUUCAUUUUCCUUGUCCUAUGGGAAGAAAUUAUUGCAGCUCCAGAAAUGUCGAGUUUUAAUAUUCAUCACAACGGAGGACCGGCACCCUGGACAGAAAAAUUUAGUCUGCAAGUCUAUUUCUUUCUACAUGUGAAGCCAGCUUCUUCAAAUAGAUAUCCAUUGCACUUUUCUUGCUUCUUUCCUCCACUUCCUUCCUGCCAAGUAAAGGACUCACCUCAGUUCAAAACUAUUCUUUUUUUUUUUUUAAAUACAUGAAUAGUUCAGUAGCAAAAUCUAGCUUUAUUUUCUAUUGCUUUUUCUUUCUUUCUUUUUUCUUCUGACAAUUCAGAGGGAGCUGGUUUCUCCCAGAAUAAAAGGGCAUGUGUAAUGUUCCUUCUGUUUAAUGCACAAUCUAAAGAGAGGUUGGAAAACAGUAUUAUGCUUGUAUUGGUAAAAAAGGAUUUUCCUUAUAAGGAUUAGGUUUAAAACUCAACUUGCCCAUAUUUUAUUCACUUUAUUCAGUAGUUUUAUGUUCUAAGUCAUGCAGCAAAAUGCUCUGAGUUUCAAUGAUUUCACUGAAUUGAUCUGCUGAUUAAGAAUUUUUAUAUAUAGCUUUUAAAAGUGCAUCCUUUAUUAUUAAUAACUAAGGGGGAGUGUAAAACUGGACAAGAAGCUGGAUGCUAUUAUAUUGGUAUAGACUCAUAAUUUUUUUAAAAAUCAGAAAUCUUUUUUAAUGUAAAAAUUUUGCUGCAAUUAAAUUUGCAGGGAAGUGCUUCAGACUAGAAAAUGGCUUUGAACAAUAAAAUAUUCUGUCUGAAUUAAAAAAAAAAAAACCCAACCAAUUAGGAUGUUCAAAUACAUUCAUAUUGUCCUAUUAUUAUUAUUAUUCCCCAUAUAGUUUUUUUUCUUUUUAGAUUCUAGGAUUUAUUCUGAAUCUGAGUGUCCUAGGAUAGAAUUACAGAUUUAGUAUGUUUAUAUUAUAUUUGCCAGUUUCCUUUAAACAAGAUAAACAAAACAUUCUUAUCAGUUAGUAAAACAUGGCUGGACAUGUUAUAACUCAUCACUAUGACAUAUACAUGUAAAAGAAUGAAGAAAUAAGGUUUGCCUUGGACUGUACCAUUUUAGAGUAAAAAUACAAAGUUUAAAUUUUAAGUAUUCCCUUGAGAGUAAACACCGUCCUCCCAAAUUUAGAAAAUAACAUUUCAGAAAACAAGCUCUACCCUUUUCCCUUAGCUUUGUAGGCACCCAGUAGGCUCUAAAUUCAAGCAACUACAAUCAGAAGUGAUAUAGUUCAAUAAAAAAAAAUACUUCUUGAUUCUACUGAAUGUAUAAAAUGACCAUGUAUGUGUUAUUUUGCUCUUUUUAGCUUUCAACAUAGCAUAAAAUGAUAGAUUUUAGGAUUCCUUAUCUAUUCAACAUGGUGCUAGUAAUAUGUUGUAUGGCUAUAGAUUGGGCCUAAAAGUAUCAGACAAGGAACAGAGAAUACAGUGCCCUCCCUCAGUGAGGAAGGUGAAUAGUCAGAUAAUUUUCAUAUUCAACAGCACAAUGUCUUUGAACUCCUCUGUUUUUUAUGUACAGGUAUGAAUAUGCAUAAUACAAAACAAAAAGCUGGAUAAUGUUUUGGUUCUUUUUGUUAAUAUGCUCUAUGGGCUUCAUUUUCAAUUUUCCCCAUAUCAUCUCCAUUGUGAUGGGAGCAGAGCAAUCUUCAUCUCCUGUCCAGGAGUGUUUCAUUCCCUUAAUAUGCAUAUAAUCUCACUUUGAUGAGCGAGUUGGCUGUUGGGGUGGAUCACAGGAAACUGCCUGAUACUGAUUCAGAAUGUGGAUCCAUUUAGGACAGUAUUGCCCACACUGAGUGGCGGCAACUGUCCAGGAUUACAGAUAUGACUGUUUCUCAGCCCCAGCUAGAGAUGCUGGGGACUCCAACUGGGACCUCUUGUAUGCAAAGCAUAUCUUCUGCUACUGAGCUACAAUCUUUCGCAUAACAUCUGAAGAUGGACAAAAGAAAUAUGGAACAUUUGACUGGAGAAAUAAUAAAAGCUCAAUGAACUUGUACCUCAGAGUUUUUAUUGAAAAUAUUAUGGGUUGAAUGUUUUUCCUCCUUCUCUGUCCAUUUAGUGAGGUAGAACAAAAACUGACAUACAUGUGUACAUAUGAAAUAGUCUUGGAGGGGAUGAAGGAGAUGGAGGGUGUUGUCAGUCCUUCUGCAACACUGGCUAUAAUACAGAAUAUGCCCCAAUCUCAUAAGGCUCAGUCUAUUUAUGACACCCAUUGACAGUCAGGAACACAAUUCAGAGAACUAUUCUGAUUCCACAUUAGUGUCCCAAAGUUAGAAACUAACAUGCAAGCUUUUGAAUUUCACAAAACUUUUUGUCCUACAAAGUGAUAAAGAAGAAAAAAGAGGAAGAGGAAGAGGAAGAGAAGAAAAAAGUAGUUAAUGUUCAAGCCAGAGGAACCGUAUUUAAUUAUUUCUGAGCUGAAACGGGAGAUACGUUGCAGACUUUCAAAUUAGGUUCUAUCGAAUGCUGUGGGGGUUUCAGGUUGCACCUUCGAGUCUCUCAGUGGUGGCUGAGAAGAAGCUAAUUAACAAUGAUGGAUCUCUUCCCCCUUUUGAAAAUAUAAAAUACAGCUGUUAGAACUACUUUUGUUCUUAGCUGAAAUACACAUUCCUUGGUAGGUGAAAAACUUUUAUGUGAUUGAUUGGAAUCGUAUAUACUGUAGUGAAUACACAAGAUAUGUUUUAUGGUUUUCUACAGGGCGAAUUGCCCUGAAAAUGUGUUAAUACUGAAAAUUUGAAAUGUGCAUCUUAUCAAGGGCAAGGGGAUAAGGAAAAGACCCAGAACAGAUAUAAAUAUGAGUUGAAAGGAUUAGCAAAUUGGGAAGACAGAAGAGCCAAUAAGUGCAGAGGAAAUUAUACUGUAUAAUAAAUGUCAGGGAUGAAAUGACAAUUAUUUUCUGUGCCAUGAUAUAAACUCCUUUUUGUAGCUCUCCAGAAGUUUCUUGGGCUAAAAAAGAAUCCUUUCUUUCUAGAAGAAAUGGAGUUGAGACUUUCUCCAAACAGAUAAUAAUCUUUGCAACCAUAAGAAUGAGCACAUUGGUGUAGUCUUUUUGAAACCUAUCUUUUUUUGGAGCUCUGGGUUGGGUUAGGUUUGUCAUUUUUUUAUGGGGAGGGUCAUCCUUGUGUAUGCUGCUAUUCAUUCAUUACACAGAGGUGUGUGAACUGGGCUGCAAACAUCCUCUACUCUGUGACAGUUUCUUUUUACAAACAAAUUCACAUAACUUUGCAUGCUCUCCUGCCUGAUUUGCCAGACUUGCAGCAAGGGAGAGGGCUGCAGCCAGACUGGGAAAGAUUCAGGCCUCAGGGUUUGAUAACACAUCCCAACACUGAGCAGGAAUAAAGUCUAGAGGUUAUCAAUGCUUAUUUUGUUUCCAGUCAGUUCUCUUUGCUUUUCUGAAGUUGUUUUACCACUGCAAUCAAAGUGUAGGCAUUGCAGGUUGUAGCUAGGCCAUAUAGAAGGUAUACUCUUGAGGGACUUUCACCUAUCAAACACAUCAAUCUCAUUUGUCUGGUCUUUAGCUUGUUUUGGUGUUUGCCUAUUUUACAGUCUACGUUUGGGUUAUGGUGGGGUUAGUAUUGGGGAAUGGGGUAGGCAAUAAAACGGGGGGAGGUUGGUCACAGCUGCAGAGCCACGCAGGAAAAGUAAACUCAGAGGCCAGGAGGUAUCUUUAAGAUGAUUGAGAGUGGGGGCCUGAGGUGAAAGUAAGAACUUCCUUGGAAAUUCACCCACAGUUGUAAGACCAAGGAAAGAGCAACUCAGGAAAAUCUCCCUUGAUACCUGUACAGGUAUGCCCAAGUGGAGAUUGUAGCAUAUCAGAAGACUUGGGGCCAAGUUAAGCUUAGAUAGUCAGAAUCAUCAGGUGACUUUACUAUUUAAGCAUAUUCCUGCAUUAUUAGGUUGCUGAAGGUUUUAUUUUGA